CAUUCACUGUCAGAGCUGCUGAAAGGCGAACUUCUGUGAAAGUGCGGACACUGGAGCGAGUAAACACAGCGCUGGAGCUGAGAUAAACUAGUCUGAGGUCACUAGCGAGGCUCCUCGGGACGAGACUCUCGCUUUGAGCUGCAGUUUGUGCUGAAUUUGAGUUUUUUUCGUCGUUUUUUGAGUUACCUGAAGACUCCGGCAUGGACUCGCUGUGGCUGCCCUGUGUGGUGCUGAGCGUCUGCGUGUGGCUCUCGGCUGCAGAGAGACACAGCGUGUACUGGAAUAGCACGAACUCCAAGUUCCAGUGGGACAACUAUGCUGUGGAGGUGCGUCUGAAUGAUUAUCUGGACAUCGUCUGCCCACACUACCCUCUGGGCGAGGUGCCCUCACAAGAUGCUGAGCGCUACGUACUCUACAUGGUGGAGCGUGAGGAUUACGACGCCUGUCGCCCGCAGUCCUACGACCAGAUGCGCUGGGAGUGCGGCCACCCCUUUGCUCCUCACGCUCCUGAGAAGUUCUCCGAGAAGUUCCAGCGCUUCACACCUUUCACCCUGGGCAAGGAGUUUCGGCAGGGAGAGAGCUACUACUAUAUCUCUAAACCCCUGCACCACCAUGGACAGGAGUGUCUCAGGCUGAGGGUGGAUGUAGUCGCUAAUGAUGGAUCCCAAGAAGCUAGAGUUGGGACAGGCAAAGGAACCAAGACAGGAAGUGGAGGAGGAGGAGCUCACACAACUUCCAAUAAGUUACCAGCAGAUGAUCCAGUUGUUCUGCCAGAGGUCCAGAAAAGUGUGCGAAAAAACUCUGCAGUCACACUAGCAUCCUUCACCCUCCUCACGACGCUGCUCCCCGUAUUAUUAUUGCUGGUCUUGCAGUAAGAACUUUUGAAGGACUACACAUCCCAAAACACUUGUCUCAAAGACUACAAUGACGGUGGCCUGUGUGGACCUAAAAUCACAGGAGUAGUUCUCAAAAAGCCCAGUGCUGGCCACUAGGGAGAGGAAAAGCGGAGGAAGCGCUCCAGUACUUUUCAGUCUGGAUCCGAGAGGGAUUGUUCUUUUUUUAAACCCUCUUACCUUUCUACGAUGUUUGGUAUUUUUUUCGUAAAGGCAAACGCUCCAUCUUUUGCGUAAACUUUUUUGACAACUCUUUGGAAAAGCACUCAACUUUUGGAGGAACAGUGAACUGAAGAACGGCGAAGAGGAAAGCGGAUGUUUUUUUGGUAGUGAGAAAAUGGAUGCACAUUGACUAUCUAAUGAGCCAAAGACCAAGAGCUUCUCGCUAAAGUGUACAACGAUCCAACCUUUUGUUAUUGUCUCGUAUUGUAUUUUUCCAGUGGGAUUUCUCCAUGUAGCAGCAGCAGAGAAGCAGGGUGUUUUUUUUAUAUAUAUAUACAUGUUUUCAGAUCAACUGGACUGAGUGCUGGUAUCAGCACUGAACUGGUAUCGGCACUAGACACAAAAGACAGAUGCUGAACAGGCUGAUGCUAUGGGUGAUGGUAAAACUUUCUUUUACAGUCUCUUCAGGUCUAGGUUGUAGGUUGUAGCCUGGUGAGCAUGAGGUACAAUCUCUAAAAUACUUUAUACCCAUUUAAGGUUUUAGUGAUGGUGAGUUCUGAGACAGUUGCCAGACAGUCUGACUUCUAAGUAAGCUCAUUUAACUAGGAAUGUAGUUAGAAAAAAUCCCUCCUAAGUACCGGGAACUAGACUGUUGAAGAGACUUUUACAGUAAAUCUCUGUUGUCCGAUGAAAAACAUGCAUUUCAGUUUUUUCCCCCCAUUUUUUAAAAUUGAAUCUCAUUUUUUUGUCUGUUUUAAGAUUUCUCCAUUACUUAAAUCCUGUAGCUUGUAUCAUUUCUCUAAGUAUGGCUGAAUAGACCAAAACAAAUGCUCUAAAUGUACUUUGGAAAAACUCUUUUUUUUUUUUUCUUUUUUUUUCCCAUUAUAAAAAACUUAAGAACAUUUUUGACUUCUCCUGUAAAGUCACCAUUUUGGAGAUGCAUGGUUUUCAUUUGCCAGGCCAAAUUAUGCUGGUUAAGAUUAAGAUUGUGCUUUCAUGCUUUUUUGAUGAACGUUAUGUUUUAGCUGGUCUAACAGCUUGACCAAUCUGACCAAGUUUGGCAACCAAUGCGACCACAUUGGUCAACCAGCAUGACCAGACUGGUUGAGCAGCAUAACUAGCUUGACCAAACUCAACUCAAAUUACCAACCAACGACAAGUUUGAUGACCUGCAAGUCCAUUAAAUUUAAAUUUAAAUAAAAAAUUACCCAUAAUUCUGGUUGUUUUACCUGGCCAGCACACUUCCCAGCUUUCUUGACCAUCAAAGACUAGCUUAGACCAUCAUUAAAACCAGCUACCAGCUAAAGCUGGCAUUGAGCUGGAUUCUUCAGCAGGUACUUUUAUUACCAUACCAUGUUCAUAACAGUUUCACAGCACUUUGGAAUUAAUACUGAAUAAUACAGCACUGAUCCAGUCAAUACACAGAACCUUCCGGGCAUUUCAUUUCAGUGGAAAUAAGCUAGAAUACCUUGGAACUCGCCAUCAAAUUAAAAUAACCCAAUAAAACUACCUAGUACUUUGGAGUUUGAACCUCUCACUCGCGCAGUUAAUUCCUUACACAACUUUACUGUGAAAGAGACUGAAAAGGAAAGCAGUUUACCAUCCAACACACACUUAACCUGUGUCACUUUUGUACAAUUAUUUUUAAUUUUUUUUUGUUUAAAGCGUUUGUAAAGCGUUCAUAAGUUAUGAACACAGUGUUGUAUAUAAUGAACUAAAAAGAAGAGAAGAGAAAUGUUUACUGUGUGAAACCGAAGAAGGAAGAAAGGAAAGAGUGAGUGAGUGUGUUUUACAGAGCGAAUGAAUGAACAGUGUAUGUGAGUGAAGGAGAGAAAAAGAGAGAAUUCGUGUUAAUCUGCCAAAUUUACACACUUUUACCAGAGGAGCGAGUGUGUGUGGGGGUGAAGGGGGAGGAGGAGUAGUAGUAGUGGUAGUGGUGGGUGAGUGGGCGGGGUGUAGCUGGCCUAUGGAGUUCUGUGGUCAGUAUUUAAAGUGAAAAACGUUUCUAUUCUAUUGGAUCAUUUCUGUAAUGGCACCAAAUGACUAAAUUGCAUUGUCUGUUCUUAACCAACACAAUAUACUGAUAUGCCAAAAGUCAUGGGAUGGGUUGGGGUAGUGUCCCAAAUUCAUCAUAAAGUGUUAUUUCAGGGAACACUGCCCUCAAAUUUAUACAUUGUGAGGUGUUAUCUUGUGAUUUAGGUUAAACACUGGCACUGGAGGUAGAGCGAGGACUGAUAGUGGGUGCCAGAUGGAUGAGACUUUUAAUGAUCCCCAAUCCGCAGUGACACAACUUGUGUGUACUGGAAAUAUGUCUUAAACCCUAUCCGGAUGGGAUUAGUUUCUCAGGGGGUCCUGGGGUAAUUUUCAAGUUUUUUUUUUCUCUUUCUCAGACAUUCUUUGAGAAAAUUACAGGCUGAAUUAUCUACUGUUUUUUGCUGAAAUCUGUGGUCCUCCGGUAAUUUUAUUCCUGUCCAGACUGACAUCUCUGCGUUUCAUCACCUCGCGUUUUUUUUUUUUUUUUUUUAUAAAAUAGCUAUUUGUUCACUGCUACGCUUUGGGUGUGCAUUUCUGCGGAGAUCCAUGUAAUUACAACAGCCAGUGGAAAUGGAGGAGCUACUGAAUGCGAUGUCAUGUGACCAAGAAAGCCAAAAAACUCACUUGUAGUCCGGAUGCAAGAAUUUUAUCACUGAGUAGAAGUGUGAAAUAUAUAUAUUUUUUACAGAUGUCCCCCUGAGAAACUAAUCCCGUCCAGAUAGACAAAGCUAUAGACAACAAAGGCAUUACCACCAGAGUGGACAGCGCAGUGGGUGGUAAUGAUUGUGACCAACAACAUCUAGCUAAAUUUGUCUAUUAAAUUUGUCCAACAGAUAAGCAACUCUGUAUUUCAAAGGACGUGUUCAAAACCUGGGGGCACAAUACUAGGGCCUGUUCCAUGAUUUUUUUUUUUUUUUUUUUUUUAUGGCAUUCCAGUGUAAAAGCUAACAGCCUGAUGAAACCAAUAGAUCACACCAUCUGACAUGACACUACAUGAGCCUCUUCUACAGGUUUAGACCAGCAAGCAAGUUAGUAAUCCUAAUACUCAUUGAAAAAUGACGACAUAACAUACGUCUUCACCUUAUAACAAUUAUCAACAAUUGACCAAAAAUGCCUUUAUAACAAUAUUUGAGUAUACUAUAAACUAAACAAAGGUGUAUGUUUCAGCUUCAAUAAAGUCCUGCCCACUAACUCAAGUACAGUAUAUGAAUUGGUACAUAUUUACCACACACAAACACACACACACACAAACGACACACACUCCUCUACUACACAUCCAAGCACACACAUUAACUCCGACAACACAGCAUCCAGUGUAGCUGUUGUAGCUGAUGUUCUGAACGAUUGUUUGUACGACUGACGCAAGUGUACAUGACUAACUAUUGAGUCACUCCUGUCUUUUUCUCAGACCUUACCUGUCUUUUGUAUGUAAUGUAAAAUGUAUAUUAUGUAUAUAUAGAGUAUUAUAUAAGAAAUGUUUGAUAAAAAACAAAAAAAAAACAGUUAAUGUGAAAUUCUUAUGUGAAAUAAAACAAAAAAUAUUUUUGGAAAUGCCAUUA